CCUUGAUUGGGAGCUGUCGCAUGCUUGCAUCUGGUAUUACAACUUGCGAGACGUCACCCUAUCUGAACUUUUCGAACGUCAAUCUAUCUAAACUCUUCGGAUGUCGCCCUACCUGAACGUUUAAGCUUAUAUGUAAAGACUUUAUAGUGCUCACCACAGCAGAUAUGAGUUUCGUACCUCUAAAUCCGCGGCCUAUGCUGCAAAAUCUUGUCAAUAACGACGUGAUCGUGCGAUUGAAGUGGGGUCAAACCGAGUACAAAGGCAAAUUGAUCAGUGUUGACUCGUAUAUGAACAUUCAACUAGCUGGUACUGAGGAAUUUAUUGAUGGCUCAAAGACCGGCGAUCUAGGGCUUCAUGUUGAUUAUAUCGGCAGAUGCAAUAACGUAUUAUGGAUAUCGGCGGCUGAUAAGCAUGACGCGUCUAUGAGCGGAUGAAGGCACUGCUAGGCAGGACACAGGUGCGACGUUCGGAAGGGAAAAGGCAGAAGAUGACCUUCGAUCAUGGGUGGAUUUCAAAGGCCUGGAAGCUCUGCAAACGCG